CCCAAACCUGAACGACAAUGGGCUUCGAUGCCUCAUUCGGAGAAGACGUUCAACCCCCUUUGUGAAUUGUUGAUCUUCGAUUUCCCCAAAUAAUUCCCAAAAAUCGACAAAGUGAAAGGAAGCAAGAUCAUAACUCAGAAGUUUGUCACCUCUGCUAGUGCGCGAGGUCCACGACGGACGACUCUCGCCUUGCCCGGAGGAUGCGCAAAAGGUGGUUAUGAUCUGCCAAGAUCCAAUCUGAUAAAAUCUAUCAACAAUUUGCUCUGAUAUAAACAUGGGGUGCCCGAAUCAACUACCCGAAGGAGUAACAGCUGCCCGAGACACCAAAGAUUGUUCCCCUUCCUCCUCCUCCUCCUCCUCCUCCUCCUCCUCCUCUUCUUCUUCUACUUCUUCAGCAUUCAUGGUGAAUUCAGAAAUCGGUGCAGUUUUAGCAGUUAUGAGAAGAAACGUUCGAUGGGGUGUUCAAUACAUGGACAAUGAAGAUCAAUUAGAACACCCAUUAAUCAAAUCCUUCAAAGAAAUUCGAAAAAAAAUCUUCUCAUGGCAACAUCAAUGGCACACCAUAAACCCUAUUCUUUACCUUCAACCCUUUUUAGAUGUGAUUCAAUCGGAUGAAACAAGUGCUCCAAUAACCGGUGUUGCAUUAUCAUCACUUUACAAAUUCUUAACCCUUGAAGUUCUUGAUCUUGACACUGUGAAUGUAUCUGAUGCAUUGCAUUCGAUUGUUGAUGCUGUUACAAGCUGUAGAUUUGAGGUGACUGAUCCUGCUUCUGAAGAGGUGGUUUUGAUGAAGAUUUUGCAGGUUUUGUUGGGGUGUAUGAAGAAUGAAGCUUCGGUUAAAUUGAGUAAUCAGCAUGUUUGCAAUGUGGUGAAUACUUGUUUUCAGAUUGUUCAUCAAGCAGGGGCAAAAGGGGAAUUGUUGCAAAGAACAGCUAGGCAUACUAUGCAUGAGUUGAUUAGAUGUGUUUUUAUGCAUCUCCCAGAUGUUGUGAAUAAGGAAGAUGAGGUUACUCAUGAGGUCAACGUGCCCAGUAACGAACAAUCAUCCACUAGUAACGGCUACACCGGUUCAAAAAUCGAAUCCGUCGGAGGUUCUUUAAAUCUUUCCGCCGUCGUACCGGAAGUCAAAAUGGAUGAAACUUCCGGCGAGGUUGGUCAAACUAAAAACCAUGUUGUUACAGAGCCUUAUGGUGUUCCAUCAGUGGUGGAAAUCUUCAACUUCCUUUGUUCACUUUUAAACGCGGUAGAACAUUCCGGAAUAGCUCCAAGAUCGAACUCAUUAGCAUACGAUGAAGACGUUCCUUUAUUCGCCUUGGGUUUAAUCAACUCCGCCAUUGAAUUAGGCGGCGCCGCCCUCAGCCAGCAUCCGGAGAUUCUCGCCCUAGUGCAAAACGAUCUGUUCCAUAGCUUAAUCCAGUUCGGAUUGUCUCCAAGUCCGCUGAUUCUUUCAACAGUUUGCAGCAUCGUUUUGAAUCUCUACCAUCUCAUGCGAGUUAAACUGAAAUUGCAGCUCGAAGCGUUCUUCUCUUCUGUUCUCAUGAAGAUUGCUCUGAAUAAACACGGAGCUUCGUAUCAACAACAGGAAGUCGCGAUGGAAACUCUCGUUGAUCUUUGUCGGCAACCGACUUUCAUCCACGAAAUGUACGCGAAUUACGAUUGCGACAUAUCGUGUAGCAAUGUUUUCGAAGAUUUAUCCAAUUUGUUAUCAAAAAGCGCGUUUCCGGUGAAUAGUCCGUUAUCGGCGAUUCACGUUCUUGCCCUAGAAGGAUUAAUCGCGAUGAUAAGCGGCAUGGCGGAAAGCAUCGGCGAUGAAGCGCCACCGCUAGAACCAGAUCCAUCGAGUAUUGAAGAUCACGAGUCGUUUUGGAAAGUGAAGUGUGAGAAUUUCGAGAAUCCCGAUGCUUGGGUACCUUUCAUUCGUAAAAUGAAGCAUAUCAAGAAGAAAUUAGCAAUCGGGUCGGAUCAUUUCAACCGGGACCCAAAAAAAGGUCUGCAAUUUCUCCAAGGAAUGUAUUUAUUACCUGAAACACUCGACCCAAUCAGCGUAGCAUGCUUUUUACGUUACACUACUGGACUCGAUAAAAACCUCGUCGGUGAUUAUCUCGGGAAUCACGAUCAAUUUUGCAUCGAUGUUCUUCAAGAAUUCGCCGGAACUUUUGAUUUCAGGGACAUGAAUCUCGACAUCGCGCUACGUGUUUUUCUAGAAACCUUCAGAUUACCAGGGGAAUCACAGAAGAUUCAGAGAGUUGUCGAAGCAUUUGCUGAAAGAUAUUAUGAACAGUCGCCGGAUAUUCUCGCAAACAAAGACGCCGCCUUGUUAUUAUCAUAUUCUUUAAUUAUGCUCAACACAGAUCAACACAACGCUCAGGUGAAAAAAAAGAUGACGGAGGAAGAUUUCAUCAGAAACAACCGGAGAAUCAAUGGUGGCAAUGACCUCCCCAGGGAGUACUUAUCAGAGCUUUACAGAUCAAUCAGUGAAAACGAGAUUAAAAUGACACCUGAACACGGUGUCGGGUUUCCGGUCAUGACCCAUGAUAACUGGGUCGGGUUGAUCCAUAAAUCCCGACAAACUGCUCCAUUCAUCGUCUGCAAUUCAGGCGACAACUCUGGUGACCGGAUUAACCAUGAAAUGUUUGCGAUUUUAUCCGGGCCCACCGUUGCCGCCUUAUCUGUUAUUUUGGAUCUUGUGGAACAAGAAGAUGUUUUACAAGUUUGUAUCGAUGGGUUUCUUGAUGUUGCUAAAAUCGCCGGGAGUUAUCAUCUUGAUGAUGUUCUAGACGGGUUGCUUGUGUCUCUUUCCAAAUUCACAACGUUGCUGAUUCCGAUGUCGAUUGAGGAUUCCGUUCUUGCGUUCGGUGACGAUUCCAAAGCCCGGAAAGCAACGGUUGCGGUUUUCACAAUCGCGAAUUCAUACGGCGAUUACAUACGAUCGGGCUGGCGAAACAUUCUUGAUUGUAUUCUAAGUUUACACAAAUUAGGGCUUUUACCCGCCCGAUUAGCCCGUGAUGCCGCUGAUGACUUCGAUUCCGUUUCCGAUCCUGAUUCCGGGAAAUCAACAGUCACCCCGGUAUCAACAAAACCCGCGUUACCCCCGUCCCGGAAACCAUCCGGGCUUAUGGGGCGCUUCAGUGAGUUUCUUUACUACGAUACCGAAAAACCCGCCCCGCAACCCUCCGAAGAACAAGUGGAAGCUCGGAAUCGGGCGAUGGAAACCGUUAAAGAUUGUCAUAUCGAAAACGUGUUCACGGAAAGUAAGUUUCUUCAAUCGGAAUCUCUUUCGAGUCUGGCCCGCGCCCUGAUGCUGGGCGCGGGCCCCUCCGGAAUCAGUAAUUCCGGAGACGAUGAAGACGCGGCAAUCUUCUGUCUGGAAUUACUGAUUACUGUUGCGUUGAAUAACCGCGACCGGAUUAUGAUUCUAUGGCAAGGGGUGUACGAGUACAUUGCGAAUAUUGUUCAAUCCGCAGUGAUGCCGAGUGCGUUAGUGGAAAAAGCGGUUUUCGGAUUAAUCCGAAUUUGUCGAAGGCUUUUACCUUAUAAAGAAGAUUUAACCGAUGAUUUACUAAAAUCCCUUCAAUUGAUUCUAAAACUCGACGCCAGGGUGGCGGACGCGUAUUGCGAACACAUAACACAAGAAAUCAUGCGGUUGGUCAAAGUCAACGUCGGUCAAAUAAAGUCUCACAUGGGGUGGCGGACAAUCACCUCGCUUCUAUCAAUCACCGCGCGACAUCCGGAAGCUUCCGAGCCGGGAUUCGAAACCCUAGAAUUCAUCAUGUCGGACGGGGCCCACUUGUUACCCGCGAAUUUCGUCCUAUGUGUCAACGCGGCUAGGCAAUUCGCAGAGUCGCGAGUGGGUGACGUGGUGAGGUCGGUUAAGUCGGUUGAUUUGAUGGCGGGGUCGGGUGUUUGUUUAGUACGGUGGUCCCGAGAAGCGGAGGAAGCCUCCCUACAAGUAUACGAAGAUAUCGGUGAAAUGUGGUUGAGAUUAGUUCAAGGGUUGAAGAAAGUUUGUUUGGAUUCGAGGGAGGAGAUACGGAAUCAUGCGGUUUUGAUGUUACAAAGAUGUGUGACGGGUUUAGACGGGAUUUAUCUUGAAGAUGAGAUGUGGUUGCAGUGUUUUGAAUUGGUGAUUUUUGGUGUUGUUAAUGAUUUAUUGGAAAUUGUUGAGGAGAAAUCGGUGAAAGAAUAUAGAAACAUGGAGGGGACGCUUGUUUUAUCGUUGAAGCUUUUAUCGAAAGCUUUUUUGCAUUCGUUGCCGUGUAUUUCGAGGUUGGUUUCGUUUGAGAAAAUUUGGGUCGGGGUUUUGAAUGGGAUGAAGCGGUAUAUGGAGGUUAAGUUUAGAGGGAAACGGAGUGAGAAAAUUUACGAAUUAGUCCCUGAGCUUCUUAAGAACACUUUGCUUGUCAUGAAAGCGACCGGAAUCCUUUCGUUGCCGGAUUCCGAUUCCGGUGGGGGUGGUGAUUCCGGUGGGGUAUGGAAUCAGACCUGGGUACAUGUGAAAACGCUAGCACCGUUGUUGCAGUCGGAGGUGUUCCCGGAUGAGGAACCGGAACCACGAACCGUGGGUGCCACCACACCGGUUCCCGAGGCUAAUUUGUUGGUUCCAUGAAGUUUUGAGGGGCAAAAUUGGAAAUUGGGAAUGGGGAGUUUUAGUUGAGGUAAGGACUAAAGAGGUUUUCAUAUAUUUGUAUACUUUUAGUACAUUGUAUAAUUGUUGGUCGGAGGUGAACCAUGAACAAGUUUUUUUGUUUAUUAUUAUUUUGGUAUUUGGUUGACUUUGACAUUGACAUUCACAUUGACAUUUGUUGACCUUUUGAUGAGUCAAAGGGAUUUAUAGAGGCACAUAUAGAUUCUCCUCAA